GCGACUCAAUCGUGUUUGUGAACGCGGAGUGACAAGAUCCCCAGACUAUAAACUUAAAACUUAAAUAAACAAAAACUUAAAAUGCCGCUGCGCAGGAAAGAUGACUAUAUCCCGAUCAAGUGCGAGGGCUGGAACGGAAAGUUUGAGUAUCCCGAGGGAGCUGUGAACAAUGUGUCCAAGAUCCGGCGCCAGAACCAGAACGUCACCAAUACCAAUAACUUUUACGGAUUCAACACGGAGCCCAUUGUCCUGCCCACCGAGUGGGAUGGAACCUUCGUGAAGAGCGGAGAGACCCGCAUCAAGCAGGAACGCAAUCGUUCCGACGAUCAGGAUUACUUCGACUAUAAUACGGAACCCACCAUUUUGCCGCCCGUAUGGAGUGGAGAGUUCGUCACCGAUCCCAACGAUGUGCGCAUCAAGCCGGAAAGGAAUUUCUCCGAUCCUCGGGAUUACGCAGAGGCCCACCGCUUCAAAUUGAUCAAGAACUGAGAUUGGUAGUAUCCGAGAUCCUGUACCUGUACCACAGUCCAAGCUAAUCCUGCAAAUAUUGCUCACGUUGUGUUUGUUCUUUUGGUUCCGCAUUGUACCUACGCAUAUGUACUUCUCUCCCCCUAACCUAAGCGUUCGUUUUAAUUAAUUUUUAUGAUAUUUAUUUGUACACUUAAUACAAAAUAGCAAAUAAAAUAUGGAAAUACUAGAAA